CAGAUAACAUAGAUACAAACUAAGUUGCCUACUUGAGAGUAGAGAUAUUGUUAACCACUGAAAACUCUACCUUCACAGUCUGCAAAUUUGAUGGAGCAAAACAAGUUAUAGAUGUUGAGCAGUAGCGAGCUGAACAGCAACCACAAUAGGCUUCCAGAGCCGAGCGAAUCCGAGCAAAGUACACCAAGAGUGUUGACCAUAUUAUCUACUGUGAUAGAGAAGCUUGUGGGUCGCAAUGACCGGCUCGUGAAUGGCUUGAGCCAUGGGGUAGGGAAGAGGUUAAACGCGUUCCAUGGCGUAAGGGCGCCUAAUAUAAGCAUACCAAAGUACUUGGAGAGACUAUACAAAUACACAAAUUGUAGCCCGUCUUGUUUUGUGGUUGGAUAUGUGUAUAUAGACAGACUGUUGCAUAGGCAUCCUGACUCCCUUGUCGUAUCACUCAAUGUUCAUAGACUCUUGGUUACUUCCGUCAUGGUUGCUUCUAAGAUGUUGGACGAUGUGCAUUACAACAAUGCAUUUUAUGCAAAGGUUGGGGGAGUAAGCAAUGCAGAAUUGAACAAGUUGGAAAUAGAACUUCUUUUUCUUUUGGAUUUUGAAGUGAUGGUGAGUUCCACCAUCUUUGAGAGCUACUGCUUCCAUUUGGAGAAAGAGAUGUUGUUAAAUGCUGCAAUUCAAAAUAUUGAAAGACCAAUUAUACCCUCUAUUUCCUUGGAUCAUGUCACACCAGAAGAUAUCACAUAGCCAAUUUCUUUAUUUUUUUCUUUGUCGUUGGAGAGGAGCACUUGUCGGAGAAAUUGAACUCACGACUUUAGCAGAAUGUUGCCCAUCACUUAUACCAUUUAAACUAUAGUUUAUUGGUAUUUUUUUUUUUGCUUCUUUCGGCGUACUAAUUAAUAGACUCACUCUAUUCAUAUCUUCAAAUGUUUUAGCCAUAUAAUGUAAUAUACUCUAUUAGUUAGGGCAUACAGUUAGUGAGUUUCUAUGAUCAUCAAGUUCAUCUUA